GUUGUAUUCAAACAAACAAACCUAAAAAAUACGGCCUCUCUCCUAACUUCAAUUUAUUUUUUAUUAUUUUAUUUGAAUUAGCAUGUCGCGCCCAGUGCUCUCGCUGAAUCUUCCUGCUCAUUUAAAGACUCUGCUCGUGCAGAACGGGUACCUGGCCGCCGCCGAUUUUGAUGAAGGGCGGGGGGCAGAGGACCUGCUGCAGUUUCUCUCAGAGGCCGAGGUGCAAGCGGUUGCCGAUCUUGCGCGCAAGCAGCCGGUGGCGGUGUCGGCGUGGGCGCUCGGACAGAAUACGCGCAGACAAAGGAGCUUUUUGACGCAGUUGUGUGGGCUCGAUUCGCUGCUUGGCGGCAAGGGCAUUGCGCUUGGUGGCGGCAGUGUAAAUGAGGUUGUGGGCCAGCCAGGGAGUGGCCAGACCGAGCUGUGUCUGUGGCUGUGCGUGGCUGUGCAGCUGCCUGAGUCGUUGGGUGGUGCGGGGAUGCGGGCGGUGUAUGUGGACACAACGGGGUCAUUUUACCACGUGGGUGCAGAGCGGGCGGCAACAGGGUUGCGGGAGCAGCUGGUAGCGGCGCGCAAAAACGAUUUACAACUGCAGCUGCCUGAGCCAGGCAUGCUGCUCGAUGGGAUUGGUGUUUUCCGCGUGUACGAGGCGCAUGAACUGGUUGCGUUGCUAGAGUCGUUUGAUGAUGUUUGCCGUGAGCUCUCUAAUGUCGGAUUGCUGGUCGUCAACACCGUGAGCUGGCCGUUUUUGGCGUCAUUUCCAGAGAACCUCUCGCGGCGGCAAACAUUGCAGGCAGAGGUUGCGCGCACAUUAUCACAGAUCGCUGCCAAACACCAGAUAGCGGCAAGUAUUAUAUUUAAUUAUUAUAUUUGUAACUUUCGGGCUGUAUAUCAGAGUCAUUACAAGGCUUUGUUCUGAAUUUCUAUUGUUGCUUGCAAUUAAUUAUUAUUUUUCUUUCAUUUUUUAUGUAGGUAAUUUUGGUCAGCCAGGCAA